AUGUCCACGACUCCUUCGGAGUCGAGAUCAAUCUCUGGCACUCCAUCUCCAAUCACACCCGUCCCUAUCCGAACGAUUCACGUCACCAAGGGUAUUACCUACAUAGAGAUUGUCAUUGCAACAACAGUAACCACUGUCACAUAUGUCACUAUCAACCCAAAUAUGACCACCAUUAUCUCGCCUUGCGACGCCUGUGGUUAUCAGGGGCAGGAUGUUGUUACCAUGGUGGUUCCAGUUGCUGCUUGUGAGAGCGGCGCUGUGAACUACAAAUCUUCCGGCUGGAUCGACGGUGAGGCUGGAAACAACGGAUACCCUGAUCGGAUCCAAGGUCAUCAGAUUUACACUGGUAGUGAAGGAGAUGUCAGCUCCCCACCUCAACCGACCCAGGGCCAGCAGAACGGCGAGGGACUGGGUUACGAGAAUGGGCCCUCAGGUAUUGAAGCCGCGACUCAGGCAUCAGGAGGCAGGGCGCAGAACAAACAGCCAGCCAACCUCCAACCAGCACAAGGCCAAAAGAGCGGCAAGGGACCGGAUUAUCAGAACGGACCCUUAGGUACUAAGGCCGCCGCCCAGGGACCAGCAGAUGAGGCACAAAACAAGAAGACAGCAAGCCUCAUGCCGACACAAGGCCAGCAAAAUACUGAUAGACCAGGUGGUGAGAACGAGGGAUCGUCUGUAGCAGUCCAAACUUCGCCAGGGGAUAACAACAAGAACCAACCAGGUGUCCCAGCAUCCCAAUCCGGUGAUGCACAGAAGCCUUCCAAACCCUCGCCUCUUCCCGAGGGCCAGCAAGUUUCUUCAGGCGGCCUCGCAAGAGAAACAGGCGUUGGGCCAGCGCCUCAACCCAACACUCCCUCUCGCCCUUCUCAACCAGUGCCUGUUCAUGGAGAUCACCCAGCCAUGUCCACGACGUUCGCUACCGAGGUUGAAGUCACUAAAGAGAUUGGGACAUCCGAGUCAACACAUAGUCUUAGUUCUUUGGGACCUGGUGAGGCUUCAUCUGUUCCAUCGACGGUUUCUUCGUCUGAAGCAUACAGACAUCAGAUCAUGGGCUGGAGUGCGAUGGUCGUGAUAGUGGUAAUGGCGCUGUUACUUUAA